AUGGCUUGUGCCAAACCCGAGAACCGCAGCGCAGAACGAAGUUACAAGGGGGCUGAGGACGCCACACCGAUGGCGGCCGACGCCGCCCCAGCAGCAGCGCCAGCGGCGAAGCAGAAGGCCGCCGCCGUGACUCGCCCGCUGCCAUUCCGCCUGCUGCCCACGGCGCCCACCGACUGGGACCCCGCCGCGGCGCAAGUCACGCUGAACGUGCGCCUGGAUGGCUGCAUAGUGCCCAGCGAGGCCUCGGAGCAGGGGGCACGCAUUUCCUACUCACACGCAGUGGUGCUGGAUGACUUUAUUGAAGACUCCACGAGGCAGCAGCUGCUGGACUUCCUUCUCGGCCCCGCAGCAGGCCCUGUAGCAGAUGAGCAGCCACAGCAAGGCGAGCAGCAGAAUGGGCAGCAGCAGCAGCAGCCUGUCACGCUGAAUGGCACAGCAGACGCCACUCCGCCGCAUGGCAGUCCCCAGCAGCCGGCGGGGCCGCUGCUGCCCUCGCAGUCGGCGCAUUGGGAGCGCCGUACGAGCGACAUGGCGGGGGCAGCUGCCACCUGGGGCGUGCAGCAGCGUGUGCUUCAGGAGCUGGCUCGGGGGCGGCUGCCGGCGCUGCAGGAGGUGCACGCCCGCCUGUGCCGGCUGUACCCUGAGUGCGACAUCGCCCACCUGCCCUCGGAUGCCAUCCAGCUGGCGCAGCAGGGACCACAGCAGGGAGAUGUGGUGCAGGAGCCGAAGCAGCAGGAGCAAGAUGUGCAGCAGCAGCAGGAGCAAGAUGUGCAGCAGCAGCAGGAGCAAGAUGUGCAGCAGCAGCAGGAGCAAGAUGUGCAGCAGCAGCAGGAGCAAGAUGUGCAGCAGCAGCAGGAGCAAGAUGUGCAGCGACCCCCUGCCAAGCGCAGCAAGGCGGACAGCGGGGCUGCGCCCGCCAGCACCUGCGCCGCGACUGGCAGCAGCGCCGCCGCAGCAGCAGCCGAUGGCGGCGCGGGCGGCGGCACCCAGCCAGCCGUCGACUGCGCCUGCUUCGUGGCCAAUGCCGCCGUGACGGGCGACAGCUUCAGGUUCCAUGUGGAUGCCGACCCAACCUCCUUCCCAGACGGCAGCCCCUGGCACGAUGCCUAUGGAGAUUACUUCAACGGCGAGCCGGGGCGGCCCCUGCUGGUGUCGCUGCUGCUGUACCUGAACCCAGAGUGGCGGCGGGAGUGGGGCGCCGACACGCUGCUGCUGGAUGGGCAGACGGACACGGGCAUCUUUGUGGCGCCACGCCCCUGCCGGGCCCUGCUGUUCGACCAAGACAUCAUGCACCGGGUGUCGGCGCCCUCGGCCGCCGCCGGCGACCGUGCCCGCUUCUCUCUGGUGUGGAAGCUGGCCCUGCUGCCCCGGCGCCCCGGCCAGGCGCUGUGCCUGGCCCGCCCCGAGUGGGGCCCUCCCGUCAGCUUUGGCAGCGCGGCACGCGUGGAUGCAGUCAAGCGCCAGCUGGCGGCGCAGCACCGGCGCCAGGCCGCUGGCACAGGCUGUGCGGCAGGCCGCUGCUCCACGUUGCGCCGUACAAUCUUCAUCCCGGAGAAUGCCUGGGACAGCGGGGUGGUCGAGUCCAGCAUGCGCACCGCCUCCACCAGCCGAUCAAGCAUCUUCUUCAAGGCCUCCAUCUCCUGCUGCUGCUCCUGGCUGGCGCUCAUCCGCGGGCCCACGUCCUGCACGCUGGGCGCUGCGGGAGAACAGGGCACAGACCGGCGCAGCGCAGUCGGCCCAGCCAGCAGGUGGCACAGCAACUGCUGCACGCUGGCGUGGGUGGCAGCAGCCCUCGUCAUCUCAGGUGGUGUGGCGCAAGCAGGAGGCUGCAAGACGGGCAGGCAGGCCGACUCCCGCCCUCACCUGGCAGUGUAA